AUGAGGGCGCAAAUAGCCCGGCAUGUCUAUCGACGGGUCCUCGUUCCUAGGGGCGGCAUCCCCGCCUGUUCGAUUCUCUCCCACUCAGCGUGUCGUCAUACGCAUCUCCCGGUAACAUCGACGAUAUCCCUCUCUCGACGAACCCCGCGCCGGACGUUCUUUGGCAUCCUGCAAAAGCCCCCAAGACAGAUCAAGAAGCCAGAGUAUGAGCCCGGGUGGACGACGGUCUUGACAUGGAGGAAUCGCCUGUUGGAAAGCGUACGGCCACCAUCGAGAACUGAGCUGGUUGAGGCAUUUCGGGAUCUGUUCGCAUACAAAGUGCGCUUCAACAUCGUCGUCAAUAGCACUCAGGCCUUACACUGUCGCAAUCUGCUGAGAUACCUGAUCGAGAAUAAGGACGACGAGCCGGGACCGGGUCUGACUUUGUCAGAGUUGACGAGUGCGCGGGAAGCUUUGCUGAAAUUGCCCAGAGAGGAUACCAAAGACCAUUUGGAAUUCUCCAAGCUCUUAUAUGAUGCGAUCAAGGAGGAAAGAGCAUUGGAUCCCACGGAUCCUGGUGCUGCAGAGGACUUUGAGUCGUACCUAGUCGCCCUGACAUUAUUUGGCGCAUCUCCUGAGGCCUUUUCCAUUUUGCAGGAACAUUGGGCUCAGUUACCUGAAGCCGAGCGACCUGGCGCGCAGAAUCUUUGGGUUAAUGUCCUGCAGGGACUGGCAGAAGAAGGUCGGGAGGCAGAGCUUGUGGCAGCUGUCACAAAGGCCGAGAUAUUUGGCUUGCCUUUCACGUCAAGUUUUCAUGAGAUUAUGACAACUUUCUUUGCGAAGAAAGACAACGUUUUGGAGACCAAGAAGUGGUUUCUAAGGCCGGCUCACAAUAAUGAGCAUCCAAGCCCUAGGACGUUCAAAGAAAUCUUACAUUUUUCUGUGAGAAACAACCAGCGCGGUUGGACGGCGCCAAUCUUCAAAAAACUUGUUGACGCAAACCCGAGCAAAGAGCAUUGGGAUGUCAUCUAUCAAUGGGCGGUACUAUCCAUGGGCAAGGGGCUUGAUGACAUCAAGAGCAUGUUCGAAGUUGUCGCUCGCCACAAUCCAGACGAUAGCUCUUUCCUGCCAGACACCCAAACGAUCAACGGUCUUUUAGAGGUCGCAGUUGAGAAAAGCGACCCUUAUUUAGCAGACAGGCUUGUUUCGUUUUCGAGCGAGCUCAGCAUCCGCCCUGAUGCGACGACAUACCUUCUCCAGAUGGACUUCAAGAUCCGGGCAAAAGACUUGUCAGGGGCCAGGGCGGCCUACAUGCAGCUCCCAAAGACAGAGCUGAGCGGGGAAGACGACUUGCCCUUGAUCAACAAGUACCUCCAGGCGCUAUGCUACCAAGCGAAACCGAAUUUGACGGCGAUCCGCGAAAUGUUGGACAUCUUGGAGGACCGAAUCGUAACAUUGGAUCCAGAAACGGUGGUUGCAUUAUGCACAGUAUUCCUCAAAAACGACCAACAGUUCGAAAUCAUCGACACACUAUCGUUGAACGUCUUUCAGCACAGUAACGAACAACGACGAUCCAUCAGAGAUGCAUUUGUGGCGUAUUGUUUGGACAGAAAAAACAGUACAGCAAGAGUUUGGGAUGCCUACUCUAUCCUCCGCCAGUUCUUCCAGGAAACCAGCGUUGAAAGUCGUCUCCAGCUCAUGAACGCAUUUUUCGACCGCAAGCGCUCUGACAUGGCUAUCCAUGUGUUUGGUCACAUGCGGCAACACGUCAACCCGACAUUUCAUCCCACCAGCGAAGCCUAUAUUCAAUGUUUUGAAGGUAUGGGCAGGUGUCCCGACUUGGACAGCACCAAGUUGGUUCAUAACAUGCUGAAGAUGGACACGAAAAUUCAGCCCAGCACAAAAAUGUUCAACGCAUUGAUGAUUGCUUAUGGAGCAUGCAGGAAACCAAGUCUAGGACUGGAGUUCUGGCAGGACAUCGUUCGUUCGGCAGAAGGCCCCUCAUAUAACAGUCUAGAGAUUGUGUUCUCCCUCUGCGAAGUCAAGGCCUUUGGCGACCAGAUUGCCAGGGACAUUUGGAAGAAGAUCGAAAAGAUGGAGGUCGAUGUCCCACCAGCAGUCUUUGCCUCUUACUGUGGUGGCAUUGCAGGCAAUGGCAAUCUGCAGGAGGUGCAGAGCACAAUCAGAACCAUGAAGCGAGCUGUUGGUUAUGGGCCUGACGCAAUGACGCUUGGCAUCCCAUUCAACGCAUUGCCUGGGCAAGGCUUGCAGAGGGAGUUCGAGGCAUGGGCUAAGAAGCAGUUCCCAGAGGAGUGGGCAGAAGUGGAGAAGUUCCGCUACUAUCACACAUCGGAGAAGCUGAAGAGGUUCAAGCUACAGCGUGUGCUGAAGGCAUGA